UAUUUUCGGUGAAAUGUUUCAAUGUUUCCCUUUUUUUUUUUGAGAAAAACAUCUAUUUUUCUCUUGAAUCUCUUUUCUCUACAAAAACUACGCAGCUUUCCCAAUAAAAACCCGAACUGCGAAAUUUCAAACCCACAUAAGCUUACACCAUUAUUUCAAUAUCAGUAGUAGCCUUGAAGAGCGACGAAGCCAAAUUUCAUAUGGCGGAGGAUUGCUUACCCGAACAUGUGAUAUUCAGAAUCCUGGAGAGGUUGCCGAUCAAAUCCCUAAUCCGCUUCACCUCCGUUUCGAAACGCUGGCGUUUCAUCAUCUCCUCCGACCCCAUUUUCGCCAAAUCCCACUUCCACAUAGCUUCUCACCACCAAACCCUGACUGGCAGACUCCUCCUCUCCGACGGCCGUGGCUCUCAAUUCGAAUCCCGAGACCUGGAGACGCCCUCGUCGUUCCGAGACAAGUCCUCCGUCAGAAACCUCAGGUGCCCAUUGAAGCAACCCAUCAGACAACGAGGUGGUGAUGUAUGCGCACUCUGCUCCUGCAAUGGUUUGGUCCUCGCAACUCUCCUUGCCCAACAAAACAGAAUGUAUAUCUGGAACCCAUCCACUUCAUUCUUCAAACAAUUGCCUGCUCUUCCCUCAAAAUUUCACUCUCUGCGCUUUUAUGGUUUUGGCUAUGUUUCCGCUACUGAUAGCUACAAAGUCAUUGCAAAGCGUCGUCUUGACCCACGAACGGAGGAGGAUGAUGGGAGCGCCCUUAUCUUCUCAUCCAAACCCAACAUUUGGAAGAGGAUCGAAUCCCCUCUUUUUUCCAAAAUGGCAUAUAAGGGGGCUCUUGUGAAUGAGGCACUUCAUUGGCUCAGCUACCGUGAUGUGGUUAUCAUUGCUUUUGAUUUGGCGAAAGAGGAGCUCCGAACAAUGCCGCUGCCUGAGCAUAAUAAUGUGGAGAAUUUCGGGUAUCUUGGGGCUUUUGGAAGCUGCCUGUGUGUAUAUGAUGAGGCCUAUAUUAAGUCUGGCUCUGUUGAUUUGUGGGUCAUGAGAGACUAUGGUGUUGCUGACUCCUGGACUAAGAUGUUUCGCUUGAAGGUUUCCGAUAGGCCUGAGGAUAUUAAUUAUUUGAAGCCAAUCUUGGUUACGGAAACUAGUACAUUUCUGCUAAAAGGGACUUUUGAUAGCGGUAGGAAGUUGGAGUGCAAGUUGAUAAGGAGUGGUCAUGAGAAUGAGCAGCUUGAAACAUAUAUGCUUAGCAAGCAAAUUGACAACAUGCUGGCAUAUGAAGAGAGUCUACUUCGGCCUGGUAACUACAAUAAAAGGACUUGCCCAAUUGAACUAGCCAAGAAAGCUAGAAAUGCUUCAGAAGCUAGAAAUAAUGGAGAACAGGGUAGAGUAAAUCUCAAUGAGGAUAACCAGGGGCCACAUACUGUCAAUGUGUGUGUUCAAAACCAGGGCAGCAGCUCUGUUGAUGUCCAAGUGAAAACCAAAGAAACUAGGGCAAAGGAGCAGGUCAAGAGAGCACCAAACAGAUCAGGAAAGGUUGGAGCGCUAUCUGCUGUAGCUCAAACAUCACUAACAGUUCAAGCAACCUUAAAGCCUGUUCAGUCAUCAUCCCCUGAAUCUUCGACACAGCCUCAAUCAUCAAGGAACACUGUGUAUCCGAAAUCUCGUGUUGACCCAGUCACUGGUUGGUCACAGAGGUCCAAGACUGGGGCAAUAAAGUGUAACAAGACACCAGAGAAGCCAAAUGGACCAAAACAACUAAGCAGGCCAACAGCAGAGACUUCUGAUCUCAAGCAGCAGCCCAACAGAGACUUGUGAAAGCCAUUAUAGACUAUAGAGCUUGUGAUUUGAAUAAUGAGAAUCGUCCUUUCGGUAUUGAAAUGGUCAAUAUGAUGGCCAUUUUGCAUAUCUUAGUACUCCAUUCAGAUAUGGGAUAUAUUUGAAUGCCAAAUAGGACUAUGAAUCAUUUGGAUCAGACUUGUAUGUGUCCCGACUUUGGAAUGUAUUGUUAAGACCUUAAGAUUCAUGCGCAAGUUCUUUGAUGCAGAAUGUGACUUUUUGGUUUGUAUUUUCCUUUUCA